UUUUACAUUUCUCUCUUUUGCAAAUUUUCUCUCAUUUCCUUUUCAGCCCAUGUGCUCUUUCUAUUCUCCCAUGGGUUAUUUUUAGCUCUGCAUUUCAUCUCCCAUUUCUCAUUUUCUCUAAUUUACCGCAACAUAUCUAGGCCUAUCUGCUUUUCAACUCCUUGUUUUGUAAAAUAUCAUCUAUAUCUAUAUCUUUUCAAAAACAUCCACUUACCCGAUUGCUCAAGUUAAAUAUCUUCAUCAUUCUUCGGGUUCUAAUUCACGGUUUAGUGGUUUGAUCCUUGGCACAACAUUUGAUAUACAUAUAGAAGAGAAAAACAGACAUGUGGAGCUUUACCAGAUUUUGUGAGAAGAUAUAUAAAAUGGCAGAAGGAGGAUCUGAUUAUUGCUCUAAAAAAUCUGAUGAUUUCUGUGGGAAUGCUUCUGGUGAGGACCCUGUGCGUGUUUUGAGCAUGACAAGAUUACGUUGUAUUAUGCGUGGUAUAGAUUUGAAAAUGUAUCUCUUCCUACUAAUAUUGAUUCCUACAUGUGUCUUUGGUUUAUAUGUGCACGCUCAAAAAGUUACAUACUUCUUGCGGCCAUUAUGGGAAUCUCCUCCUAAACCAUUUCAUGAGAUUCCUCAUUAUUAUCAUGAGAAUGUAUCGAUGAAUAAUCUGUGCAAACUUCAUGGAUGGGGUACCCGGGAGUACCCAAGGCGAGUGUUUGAUGCAGUGUUGUUCAGUAAUGAGGUAGAUUUGCUUACUGUGCGGUGGAAAGAAUUGCAUCCCUAUGUAACAGAGUUUGUGCUUCUUGAGUCGAAUUCGACUUUUACUGGAUUAGAAAAGCCCCUGGUCUUUGCCAGCCACAGAGAUGAGUUUCAGUUUGUUGAGUCACGGCUGACUUAUGGCCAAGUUCCUGGCAGAAGUAAAAAAGGAGAAAAUCCAUUUGUCGAGGAAGCAUAUCAACGACUAGCACUCGAUUAUCUUCUUGGGAAAGCUGGUAUUCAAGAUGAUGACUUGUUAAUAAUGUCUGAUGUUGAUGAGAUACCAAGUAGGCACACUAUCAAUUUACUGAGGUGGUGUGAGGACAUACCACCAGUACUUCAUCUUCGGUUAAAAAACUACCUGUAUUCUUUUGAGUUUCUUAUGGAUAAUAACAGCUGGAGAGCUUCAAUUCAUAGAUAUCAGACUGGGAAGACAAGAUAUGCACAUUAUCGCCAGUCUGAUGACAUCUUGGCAGAUGCGGGGUGGCAUUGUAGCUUUUGCUUUCGCCGCAUCAGCGAGUUUAUAUUUAAGAUGCAAGCAUACAGUCAUUUUGAUAGAGUGAGGUUCACUAAAUUCUUGAACCCUAAAAGAGUUCAGGAAGUCAUUUGCAAAGGUGCCGACCUAUUUGAUAUGCUUCCUGAGGAAUAUACCUUCAAGGAAAUCAUCGGGAAAAUGGGUCCUAUACCACAUUCCUACUCCGCCGUCUAUCUUCCAGCGUAUCUUUUAGAGAAUGCUGACAAGUACAAGUUUCUCUUGCCAGGAAAUUGCAUAAGAGAAGACGGUGGCUGAUAAUUUCUCAAGGGCGUUUGGUUGUCCACUUUUGUAAAAAUUGAAGAUGCAGCUAACAUGAUUGUGAGGGGGUUUUUGGUCCGAUCAACAGAUGACUGCAAUGUGAUCAUUUCAUUUCAUUCUUUGAAAAUAUUUCGAAGGUUCUAUAAUUUUCUGGAGUGCUAUUUGUAUAUAACAUGAAGAGAGCUGGUUUUGAGUUGGGAAUGAGCACCCCCCCUCCACUGUAACACUGGAAUUCUGCUAGGGGAUGGCUGUGCUGGUAUGGCCUGGAACUUCCCCACACCUAAGAGAAUACACCCUUGAAAUCCAGAAUAAUUUAAGCCCACUUUGUUUCUAGAAAUUUUGAGACUGUUGAUAUGAUCUGUACUUUGGUUUUUCUCAUUUAUUCUUAAUUCUAUUGAU